GGUGCUGGAGGAGGAAACCGGCGGAGCAGCUUCCCCACUCUCAGUUGCGCGUCUGGAGAUGGCGAUCAGAGGUCCUGCUGCGCUCUCCGCCGCGCUCUACCUCCAUUAGCCGCGCUGCGCCGCUUUGCGCCCUUGCUGGUGCCUCUCUCCUGGGUCCCGGGAUCGGCCCCCUUUCAGGCAGGACCCCUCCCCGGCCCUUGGCCUUUCCCCCCACUCGGCCAUCUCCGACCCGGGGCGCGUGUUCCCCCCGGCCCGGCUCCCUCUCUCCCUCCGGGGGCACAGCUCCCUAGCCCCGGCCCGGCCCUCCCCGCGGCGCAGCACGGAGUCUCCGCGUCCCAUGGCGCAACCCACGGCCUCGGCCCAGAAGCUGGUGCGGCCGAUCCGCGCCGUGUGCCGCAUACUGCAGAUCCCGGAGUCCGACCCCUCCAACCUGCGGCCCUAGAGCACCCCCGCUGCCCCGGGGGAGAGAGAGCGCCAGCGCGCUGAGCACAGAGCGCGGAGGUACGAGGCCUUGCCCGCCGGCCGGGAGGCCCCGGAGCCAGCCCAUGGGGAGCGGGCGCCCGGUGCCGGCCCCGACGACAGCCGCCGCCAGCGCCGAGUCCGGCCCGUGAAGCCCAGGGACCCCUUCUGGGAGAGCCCCAUGAGGGCAGGAGAGUGAUGGAGAGUACGCCCAGCUUCCUGAAGGACACCCCAGCCUGGGAGAAGACAGCCCCUGAGAACAGCAUCGUGGGACGACGGGAGCCAGAUGCCCUGCCACGAGAUGGCUUGCGCCAUGGGGCACUGUGCCUGGGAGAGCCUGCUCCCUUCUGGAGGGGUGUCCUGAGCACCCCAGACUCCUGGCUACCCCCUGGCUUCCCCCACGGACCCAAGGAUGUGCUCCCACUGGUGGAGGGUGAAGGCCCCCGGAAUGGGGAGAGGAAGGCUGGCUGGCUGGGCAGCAAGGAGGGCCUGCGCUGGAAGGAGGCAAUGCUCACUCAUCCACUGGCGUUCUGUGGGUCAGCAUGCCCGCCUCACCAUGGUCCCCUGAUUCCUGGGCAUAGUGGUGGCCAUCCAAAAAGUGACCCUGUGGCCUUCCGGCCCUUGCACUGCCCCUUCCUUCUGGAGACCAAGAUCCUGGAGCGAGCUCCCUUCUGGGUGCCCACCUGCUUGCCACCCUACCUAGUGUCCAGUCUGCCUCCAGAGCGCCCAUGUGACUGGCCCCUGGCCCCACACCCCUGGGUGUACUCAGGAGGCCAGCCCAAAGUGCCCUCUGCUUUCAGCUUAGGCAGCAAGGGUUUUUACCAUAAGGAUCCGAGCACUCUCAGGCUGGCAAAGGAGCCAUUGGCAACUGUGGAACCUGGGCUGUUUGGCUUAGCCCCUGGUGGGCCUCUCCAGAGAAGUGGGGAGGCGGAAUGCCCUUCACUCCACCAGAGGGAUGGAGAGACAGGCCUCAGCAGGCAUGAGAAUCUUUGUCCACUUCUCCUGGGACAUCCAGACACUGUUCCCCGGACCCCCUGGCCCGCUUGUCCCCCAGGCCUGGUUCAUACUCUUGGCAACGUCUGGACUGUACCGGGGGGCGGGAGCCUUGGGUACCAGCUGGGGCCAUCAGCCACAUCAAGGUGCCCCUCUCCUGGGCCUCCUACCACCCAGGCAGGCUGUUACUCAUCUCACCCACCCACUGGAGAUGGAGGCCUUGGCCCUUGUGGGAAGUGUCAGCAGGGCCUGGAAAUGGGCACCAAGGGGCUCAGUGAAUCCAGCGAGGAAGCAAACAAGGCCCCUGGUCCCAGGGCCUGCCCACCCAGCCAUCACACCAAGCUGAAGAAGACAUGGCUCACGCGACACUCGGAGCAGUUUGGGUGCCCAGGCGGCUGCCCAGGGGACGAGGAGAACCCAGCUGCCCCGCUUCGGGCCCUCAAGAGGACAGGCAGCCCUGAGGUCCAGGGAGUGGCGGGAAGCCCAGCUGCCAAGCGCCCCCCUGAUGCUUUCCCAGGCAGUACGGGGCAGCGGGCCAGAGAUUGGCAAGAGGUCCUGGACUCAUCACUGGGGAACAAGGCAGAGGCAGAACAGCGGGAUAACCACAGAGGACCCCGAGAUGGCAGGACCAGCCUUCAGGACACAGAGCAUCAGGAUGCACGUUGCUCAGCUCCCCCGGCAGGCAUUGCUCAGUGCCAAAGCUGUGCUCAGGCGGCAGGAGAGGUGGGAGGGCUGGCCUGCCACUCCCAGCAAGUGCCGAGAUUGUCUCUGGGAGGUGAGCAGCAGCAGGAGGAAGAUUCCGCAGCCAACUCCGACGAGGGAGGAGGGUCUGGCCCGAAGACUGGUCUCAGCGUGGGCCUCGCCAAGCACCUGCUGAGUGGUUUGGGGGACCGACUGUGCCGCCUGCUACGCAGGGAGCGGGAGACCCUGGCCUGGGCACAGCGGGAAGGCCAAGGGCCAGCCAAGAUAGAGGACAACCCAGCCAUUCCAGGCUGCUGUAGCCGGUGCCACCAUGGACUCUUCAACACCCACUGGAGAUGCCCCUGCUGCAGCCACCGGCUGUGUGUGGCCUGUGGUCGCAUGGCGGGUGCUGGGAGGGCCGGUGAGAAAGCAGACUCUCCGGAGCAGUCCCUGGAGGAGUGUGCCCAAGAGGCUGGGCACAGUGCCUCUUCCCUGAUGCUCACCCAGUUUGUCUCCAGCCAGGCUUUGGCAGAAUUGAGCACCGCAAUGCACCAGGUCUGGGUCAAAUUUGACAUCCGAGGGCACUGCCCCUGCCAAGCUGAUGCACAGGUGUGGGCCCCUGGGGAUGGGGGCCAGCAGAAGGAGCUGACAGAGAAAACCACCCCAACUCCACAAUCUUCCUGUGACGGGAACAUCAACAGGACGAAGGACAUCAAAGAGGAGACUCCGGACUCCACAGAGACCCCUGCAGAGGACCGUGCUGGCCGAGGGUCCCUGCCUUGUCCUUCUCUCUGUGAGCUGCUGGCCUCCACUGCUGUCAAACUCUGCUUGGGGCAUGAGCGGAUACAUAUGGCCUUUGCCCCCGUCACUCCGGCCCUGCCCAGUGAUGACCGCAUCACCAAUAUCCUGGACAGCAUCAUUGCACAGGUCGUGGAACGGAAGAUCCAGGAGAAAGCCCUGGGGCCGGGGCUGCGGGCUGGACCGGGCCUGCGCAAGGGCCUGGGUCUGCCCCUCUCGCCUGUGCGGCCCCGGCUGCCUCCACCUGGGGCUUUGCUGUGGCUACAAGAGCCCAGGCCUUGGCGAAGCUUCCACCUCUUCCAGGAGCACUGGAGGCAGGGCCAGCCUGUGUUGGUGUCAGGGAUUCAGAGGACAUUGCAAGGCAACCUGUGGGGGACAGAAGCUCUUGAAGUGCUCGGAGGCCAGGUGCAGGCACUGACCCCCCUCGGGCCUCCCCAGCCUACAAACCUGGGCAGUGCAGCAUUCUGGGAGGGAUUCUCCCGGCCUGAGAUUCGCCCAAAGUCAGCCGAGGGCUCAGUUCUCCUGCUGCACAGAGCUCUGGGGCACGAGGACGUAAGCAGGGUAGAGAACCUGGCUGCCAGCCUGCCCCUCCCAGAGUACUGUGCCCAACACGGGAAACUGAACCUGGCUUCCUACCUCCCACCGGGCCCUGCCCUGCGUCCACUGGAGCCCCAGCUAUGGGCAGCCUAUGGUGUAAGUCCACACCGUGGGCACCUGGGGACCAAGAACCUCUGUGUGGAGGUGACCGACCUGGUCAGUGUCCUGGUACGUGCUGAAGCCCCACUGCCUGCUUGGCACCGGGCACAGAAAGAAUUCCUCUCAGGCCUGGACGGGGAGGGGCUCUGGUCUCCGGGCAGCCAGGUCAGCACUGUGUGGCACGUGUUCCGGGCACAGGACGCCCAGCGCAUUCGCCGUUUUCUCCAGAUGGUGUGUCCGGCCGGGGCAGGCAACCUGGAGCCUGGCACCCCGGGCAGCUGCUACCUGGACGCAGGGCUGCGGCGGCGCCUGCGGGAGGAGUGGGGUGUGAGCUGCUGGACCCUGCUGCAGGCCCCCGGAGAGGCUGUGUUGGUGCCUGCUGGGGCUCCCCACCAGGUGCAGGGCCUGGUCAGCACAGUGAGCGUCACUCAGCACUUCCUGUCCCCUGAGACCUCUGCCCUCUCCGCUCAGCUCUGCCACCAGGGACCCAGCCUGCCCCCCGACCACCGCCUGCUUUAUGCCCUGAUGGACUGGGCUGUGUUCCAAGCAGUGAAGGUGGCUGUGGGAACGUUACAGGAGACUAAAUAGGGAGAUCCCAGAUGUCUGGGGUAAGGGUGGGGGUGCAGGUAGACUAGGUGCUCAGCUCAGGCACAGCUUCCGCAGAGAACGACACUGCGGACUUGGGGACUUUUGGUCAAUCUCACGAGCGAGCACUACUCUGAGCACCAGCGGGGCAGCACCCCAUUCCCCGCCCCUGACCUGGGCCCUAAAGCCAACAACCACAGUGCCACAGAAGUUCACACCGGCCCUUCUCAGGUUGGCACCUGCUCCACCCCUGAGACCCUCUCCACGGUACCAGGCCCACACUGAGGGUGACUGACUCCCUCCAACACCUGCCCCCACCCCCAACCCAGGAGACAAACAGCCCUUCCUUGGGGGAACUCCGGGAAUCAUUCUGGCUUAAGCAACACCUUCUUCUGCUGCCUCAUUCCCUGCUGUCCCUCCUGUGCCAAGUUCUGUUACACUAUGCACCUCCUAUGGGGCUCUGGGCGCCCAUUGCACUGCAGGCGUGCUGGACAAGAGGCAAGGGAAAUCCUGCCGUCUUGCCGGAGACCUGUGAAGUGUGGGGAGAGGGUGGCCUCAGGACACUGCCCAGGCUUGGCUGGAGGGGAUGAUAGUGGUGAGGGCCUGUCCUGCUCCCUUCUCUCACCUCCCUCCUUCUUAUGUUCCAUUAAAGUCUGUUGUUUUGUGAAAGCUGCCAGUGUGGUUGGCCCUGCUCCUGCAGGCCACAUGGGGGGCGGGGGGGACAUGGAAAUGCAACAGGGUGGGCAGGAGCUGAGGCCCUCGUGACAGGAGCCUCAAAUACCCUUGCCUGCUCUUCCCUGGACCUGGCCCUCCCACCCCCCAACUUUCCAAAGAGCAGAUGGAACCUUCCAAAGGGCUGCUCCUGAGGAUAUUCCUGGCAGCAACAAGGCAGAGACUGAGGGUGCAGCAGCAAUGUGGCUUGGAGCCCCAACCCUCCCCCAAUACUCCAGGCUCCCCCAUCUCUCCUGUCUGACCUGACCUGAAGCUCCGGGAGUUGCCCAGGAGAGUCCUCCCCCUGGGCUUGGCCUGCUGCCUGAGACAGUUGGCAGCCCCGUCCCAUCCCCAGGGCCCUCUGGUGUGGCUCUGCUGCUCUCCUGCCCUAGUACAUCUCAGCCCCGACAUGCUCCCGCUCGUCAUACCUAAUUGUUCUGUGGUGGUUCGGGAAAUGGUGUUUUUUUUUAUGAAAUAAAAUUUUUUAUUAUAAAUUUAA